AUGACUUUUAUUUCUCUUAUCAUCAACCUAAUCACUGCUCUUAAAUUUCUGCAAAGCAUUCUCAUUCACAUGUCAAAGCAAGAAAAAAGUGAAACUGCAUCAGAACAUCGGCCAUCGCCUCUACUCGUCCCCGUCCCCGUCCCGAUCGACUUCAGCUCAGGAUCAAUCAACGGUCGAGAUCUACCAAUGGUGGAAUGCAGUCGCAUCAUAAAGAAUGGAUGUGAUAAGGUUAGAGAGUUGGGAAAUUGCUUUCACGUUUUUCAUGGAGAAUGCAUUGAUGCUUGGAUUGAUAAAGGCAAAGAAACUUGCCCUAUUUCUAGAUCAAAUAUGUUGCCUGAUGAUCAAGGAGAGAAGUUCAAGUGUAAUGGAGAAGAUCCAUGGAGGAGAGAGAGAAUGAUUUACUUGUUUGGUGAGGAUUUGAAUUUCCAUUAA